ACUUAUUCUGAUUAUUCUAUCUUCUUCAAAUGUUUGCUCUGAUUACUUUGUCAGGCGGCAAUUAUUAUCAAUCAGCCAGCUUUAUCGGGCCUGGUGGAGCACCCCCAAUGACAGCGCGUUCCUGAUCGGCUCUCGCGCUCCACUUGAUUAUCCAUCGAUCGAGAGCUUGGAUGAGCUAGUUUUUCUCUUCUUUUCUCGCUUUCCCUCCUACACUUCGAAUCUUUUCAUUCCCCCGACACCCCCCUCGCUCUGAAAUACCCUGUCCGACAUGGUUUUCUGGUCCCGCAAAACCCCGUCUGAGGAACAGCCUCCCGCCGAAGGCGCCGAGUCAAAAGGCGACCUAAGCAAGAUCGCCGCCGAAAAUGACCUCGUAGCGUCCGCCAACCAAGCGUCCGGCACCGCCUGGCUGGCCGGCCAUUUGAACCACUUGACUCCCGAGCAGGAGGAAAAGCUGCUUGAGUUCAAGAAGCAGGUGGAAGAAAAGGGCUACUACAAGCCGAAGAGCGACAGCGCGGAAGCAAGCCAUACAGAUGCUACAUUGCUCCGGUUUUUGCGCGCUCGCAAGUUCGAUGUCCAGGGCGCCUAUAAGCAGUUCAGCGAAACGGAGGACUGGCGGAAGGCGAAUAGCAUUGAUUCGUUGUACGAGAAUAUCAAAGUAGAGUCUUAUGAGCGGACACGGCAAAUGUACCCCCAAUGGACUGGCCGCCGCGACCGUCGCGGAAUUCCGGUUUACCUCUUUGAAGUGAAGCAUCUCACCAGCAAGAACGUCUCCAGCUUUUCGCAUGAGGUGACUGAGCACGGCGCCUCGGAAACACACAAGGACUCGACGAUCCCCGCGCGUCUGCUCUGUCUUUUCUCGCUGUACGAGAACUUGCUGCAAUUCGUGCACCCGCUAUGCUCGGCUCUUGCACGGCCGAACCCAGAGACCCCAAUCGUCUCGUCAAACAAUAUCGUGGACAUCAGCGGCGUCAGUCUGAUGCAGUUCUGGAAUUUGAGAAGCCACAUGCAAGAUGCCAGCGUGUUGUCGACAGCGCAUUACCCAGAGACACUAGACCGCAUCUUCAUCAUCGGCGCCCCCUCCUUCUUCCCCACUGUUUGGAACUGGAUCAAACGCUGGUUCGACCCCGUCACCGUAUCCAAAAUCUUCAUCCUGUCAUCCUCCGAAGUCAAAUCGACACUUGAAACAUUCAUCGAGCCGUCUUCCAUCCCCUCGCAAUACGGCGGUACGCUCGAUUUCAAAUGGGGGGAUUUACCGAUCCUGGAUGAUGCCGCGCGUGCACUGGCAGGCGGUAUUGAACAACCUGCCGAGGACGGAUCAGGCAAAUCGGUGUAUUUGAAGGGACCCGUGAGGUUCUUUGCGGAUCGGAUCGAUGUUCUCGGUACGGAUCAGGGAAAACCCAGACGACAGAUCAUCCCGGUGCCGCCGUCCACUACUGCUGCUGCUACUACUACUACUACUACUACCACCUCUGCAACAACUUCGAUGGCUGCCAAUGACACUGAAGAAACGGCAGCACCAGCCCAAGAUCCAAGUGAGAAAGUGGAAGAAUUGGCAAUCAGCUCUACGCCUACUGCUGAGAAUGCGGCUAUUGCUUAAUCUUUUAUCUAUUUAUCUAUUUCGUAUUUUCUUCUGUCGAUUGUGAUUCCAUCGCCAGCAGCUGUUUGGACAUGAUUGUUAGAAUACCUCGGCACAUGCAAUUGGAUAGAUUUGAGGGUUUGAUUAGGCAUUAUAUACAUACAUCAUGAAUUGAUACACACAAGCAUACGCUUUACUUAAUGUUACGGCUUAAAUACUACGAUAUCAA